GUAGCCGUACCAUGGCUUCGCGGCCGAUGCACGCGGCCGACCAGCAAGAGUUGCUGUGAGGCCGCCGUACCAUCGCCUACCAUCGUGCCAGUGUUCGGUGUGUGUGUGUUUUGCUGGGCGCCAGCCUUUGUGCAGUGUGCGAUUUAAAUUCGGAUAAACCGGAAUUCGGGUUAAACAUGCGACAUUUGCAACACUCGAACUAAACCCAUUGAGCUGAAUUUGAAAAGAUGGCUCAAUAUCUAGUCUUUUUCCUGGCACUGUUCCUCUUCAAAUCGGCGCUCUCGCAGUCCAACUAUGCCGACCAGGCUAACAAUAUCGAGUACCAAGGCAAAGGCCUUCCCGACCAAGCCACUCUGGAUGGCAAAGUGACGAAACUGGACGAUCUCAGCCCUGUUAUUUUCCUAAACCGGACCAAAGCCGCUCUCAACUGCGCCGCAGGCUCGAUGCAAGUCGAGCUCAAAUUCAACGAUAAGUUCUACGGUAUUGCCUAUGCCGAUUUUGACCGGAAUUCCGCCUGCCAGGUGUAUGGCAAAGGUGGAUACAGCUACAAACUCGAAUUGCCACUCAAAGGUUGCGGAACCAAACAAGACCCUCAACGUGUUUUCACAAAUAACAUCGUCGUGAGGUUCCACCCAGGCUUGGAAAUCGAUGGGGACGAGAUUAUUACGAUUGUGUGCCGGUACCCACCGCCGGUGGCACCACUGCCCGACCCUUUGAUCGACUUCAGCAAAGAAGUACCACCUCCUGCGCGGGUGCUUGAACCGGCCUUGAAACCCUUCCAGAUUCUUCUAAUCUUCUGUGGGAUUCUCUUCCUGUCUUUGCUGCUGCUAGGUUUAGGUUGUUCGUAUUAUUGCCUAAGGAGGCGCAAUUUGACAGUCGUCCGGAAGCCCUUCUCGCCAUUGACCGACGGUUCCGAAAUCACCAAAGUCUCUGGAAGCUCACUUGGCAACUUGUCGAUGUUUGAAGGCUUGAAGAUCCCACGGGUUAGUGCGCCGGUGGUUGCGGCCCCUGGAAGUAGUUCCGGGAGUGAAGGUCCUCUCAUUAGUGAUACUCUCCCGUCGGAUUACCCCUCCGAGUCCCACUCGGAGGCUGAAGAUGCUCGUUCCCUCCCACCUUCUUCGGGUGGCAGCUUCGAGAACCAAGCCUACGUCGCUGAUACGUUCUACACCGAACCACCAAGACUCCCCUUGGCUAAGGAACCUAAGUUUGAUGUCCAAGUUCGUGUGAAACGAGCUCCGCCCUCGCCCCCAAGUCUCAGUAUCUCCGACACGGAGAGUUCAGCCCGGAAUUUAUCCACAAUCAUGGAACAGAGGGAGGAAAGUGUUCGCUCGAUUGAUUCCCCCCUCCCUGUCGAACGCACCCACUUCACGUACGUCCCUGAACUGCACCCCCCACCGAAACACAUACAACCGGCACCCACUUACAACCGCAUUUUGCGAAGGCAACAAGAACUACAAGAGGAGAGGUCAAUUGCAUCGCUGAAUACCGAAAUGACUGAUACGCACUCAAUGACGGAGAUGAUUGAUGAUAGUCACCAUAAACCAGCGCCGCCUCCGCCACCCCCAAUCAUCCCGCGGCAGGAAUACGUGGUUGAUUUCGCCCCGCCCCCGACACUGGAACCCCCAAUCGCGGUGGUGCACAAACCGGAAAUCACCUCACAUGUUGUGGACGAUGUUUUCCUGCGGACCAUCACCGAGAAGAAGACUAUCGAGGAUAUUGAACGACACAAGAGGCUGAUUACGGAGUACCACACCCGGGCUAAGGCGAUCCCUGAGCAGAAAUGGGACGUUACCAUCAAGAAUUAUCCAGUGGAGAUGCCAGAACCCCCAGAAUGGGAGAACUUCUCUGAUAUUUCCUCCGCGUCUGGAAUGACCUUGACGCCGAAACCGGAACGCGCCACCAUGUCGCUCCCACCGCAGAGUACCAUCGACGACAACAAACUCCCACUGAACUCUCCAGAACUCGUCGGGAGUGUCACACAGCAAGGUACGUUCCUCGAAACCUUCAAUAUCCCACUUGAGAAUCCGGAAGUGCCAAAUUGGAGCGUCCUGAUCCGGGUACUACAACCCGAACAGGAGGAAGGUCCAGUGAUCGAAAGCGCCGAAACGUUUAAUUCGCAACUAACCCUCUCCGACAAAAUGAAGUGGAGACAGAUUAUAACCACCGAAUCCACUCUACGCACUCUCCUGACUGAAGCCGUGGUCCGGGAAGACUUCGAACGCAUCCGUCAGGACACCCGUUACGAGAAACUCUUCGAGCCGCCCAAAUGGGACGUCAUCAUCCGAAUUCUAACCCCGGUGGACAAACCCAAGAGCCAGGGCCGCUUCCGCAAAAAAUCCGACUGGGACACGCGCAGCCGCCGUAGCAGCCUGCCAACGCUCUACGAGUACGACUCCGACGGUGGUAGUUCCGUGCGUACCAUCACCCAGGAACCCAUCGUGCACCCACUGCGCACCCGCCGGGUGUCGAGGUCUAGUUACCGCAGCGAGGCCGAUUUGCGCUCCAUGUCCGAGGUGACGGUCGACUUUGGCCGUCCCGAAGACAGCCAUUCCGAAAGUUCCAGUUACUAUCCGCGUUACUACGAGGAUUCGGAGUUUGAGUAUAAGAGUAGCUCCUCCCACCACCCCUCCCUCGCGCGGUCUCUAAGCCAGCCCUCGCUGGCCCGCUCAGCCAGUGAAUUCACCGAGCGGUGGAUUGCGCCCUCCCGUUACGACACGGCGAGUGAGUUCACUAGUCCAGAGGCCACGCCCAAGUCGCAGAGGAGUAGCCGCAUCCAACCACUGCAUGUUCCCCGAGGUAGUGGGGAGCAUUCGUCCGUGUGGCAGGCGACAGCCAGCAGUCAGGUCACUCAAAGGCCGGGAAUGACCACGCAAGUGGUGACGAAAGAGUUCCACAGUGAAGCGUCGACUAGUUUUAUGGGCGCGACCUCGAAGAACUGGUUCGGGGAUAACGACAGUGAAGCUAGUUUCAAAUAACUGAUUAACGGAAUUUAUUAACACUGCCCGAAAAAAAUUUUGUUUUCUCGUAAUUUUAGUAACUAGAAUGCUGUGAUAACGUCUGUAAGGUUACGAUUGGCCGGUUUUUGGAUUGUUUGUAAAGGGCUAUCACCCUUUUGUUGACUUUUCCACGAUUGUUGUGGAGGACUGAACAAUCGGGUACUACUAAAUCUAGUUCUAGGUUCUAAUCUAUGCUCAAAUCUUUGGUGGUGGUCGAUGGGCUUCUUUCUCCUAACCUCGCUCUCGUUUUAGUUAAUUUUAUUUUUAUACAGAUAUCUCUAGGUGCUAUUACAUUUAUACCGAAUGUUUGUAACUUUUUAUAAUGAAAUAAAUUAAUUUAAUUAAUAAAUGCUUACAAUACUG